UAGACCAUACAAUAUCUGGUUGUGAUAUUUUCUAAUUAAUGUUCAUUCAUUUGAACAAUGAUUUUCACGAUAUUUCCACUGACAUUAUUAUGUGUAUAUGCAAGAGCUACCGAAGUUUGUUUUAGUAAUAUUGGAUGCUUCAAAAACAUGACACCGUACAAUAAUUCUAUGGGGAAACUGCCAAAAUCCCCCGACUACAUAAGAACCAGUUUUACCAUGCACACGAGGAACAACAACACAGUACAGUUAGAUUUAAGUAACCCUUUAAGCAUUACUGGUUUAGGCUUCAAACCAAAGCAGCAAACUAUCAUUAUAGUUCAUGGAUUCCAUAGUAGAAACACCAGUGAAUGGAUUAAGCCUUUGGCGGACGCUUUUAUGACCCAGGGUGAAAUGAACAUUAUUGUAGUUGAUUGGUCCGGAGGUGCAUUUGAUCCUUAUGACCAAGCCGUCGCCAAUACACGUGUUGUUGGGGCUGUUAUUGCUGAAUUAGUUAAAGUGCUCCACAACUUAACAAAUACAGAGUAUUCUAAUAUUUAUCUAGUAGGCCAUAGUCUGGGGGCGCAUAUCUGUGGAUAUGCUGGUGAAAGGCUGCCAGGUCUUGGAAGGAUUACAGGUUUGGACCCUGCAGGGCCAUUCUUUCAAUACGUUGAUUCUGCUGUUAGAAUAGAUUCGACAGAUGCAGACUUUGUAGAUAUAAUCCACACAGAUGGAAGCAGAUAUGGUUUGAAAGAAGCUGUUGGUGAUGUUGAUUUUUAUCCAAAUGGUGGUGCGCACCAGCCGGCAUGCCUCUCAGAUCAUUUAGAUCCAUCAAUAGCGUGCAGUCAUGUCAGAGCUAUUUAUUACUUUAUUGAGUCUAUAAAUCCAUCAUGUCAUUAUAAAUCAUUUCCAUGUAAAACAAAAGAUGAUUUCCUUUCCGAUAAAUGCAAUUCCUGCGGAAGUGGAUGUCAAGAAAUGGGAUAUAAGGCACAUAGGAACACUUCAGGAACAUUUUAUCUUAAAACUAGAUGGCAUUAUCCGUACUGCUCAAAAAACGUAUAACAUGAAGUUCUUCAUAAAAAAUAAAUUAGUGUUUGUA